GCACGCACUUUCCAUUUCACUAGGACCGACGACGAGUACGUAUUCGUUCGUCGAGUCUUCGAGUCUUGGAGUUCGAGCCUCGAGUAAUUGUGCCCGCGCUGGACACGCGAGAAGUCGACGAUUGCCCGCAGGUGCAAGUGCAGUUCUUGUAGUUACUAAUGUGUGUGCUCUGCUCGGUACUUACGCGAUUAAUCUGCUACGAUUUCGUUAUUAUUAACUCGUUUGCCAUUGGUUCGGUUCAAGUAAUUUGAUCGAGUGAAGUGAAUUUUUGGCGGUCUUUUUUCGAGGGCUCGGUUGUGAUUCGAUGUAUUACCCGAUGUUUUCGAACGCGUAUUCAUGAAACCUAAGACAUGGAUUUUUACCUUAUUCGUACUGUUCGCGAUGACAGUGAUUGGUGUGAUCAGUGCCAAAAUAGAUGGAUGGGAUACGUCGCCAAACACUCAGUAUCAUAUACAAACCGAUGAAGGCCCAGAAAGAUACUUCCGAUACCAGACCAUAAGCGGCCAGUACAGAAAAGAAAAACGCCUGCAAGAUGGCACGGUAAUCGGAUCGUACGGCUGGGUAGACGCCGACGGAUACCUUCGCCUCAACGACUACAUAGCCGAUAACGAAGGCUACAGAAUCGUCCGAACGAAACGAUUAUUCGUAGGUAAUCAAACGCCUAUAGAUUCGGCACUCCAAUCAGCCAAAUACGUUCCGCCGCAGGCCGGAACCGAUGUUUCUAGUCCUACAGUAAAAGCAAACAUUGUACCUCAACAGUACCCCGAAGAUAAAUCUAAAUUUUUGCUAUUCCCUAGCUCGACGCAAUCGCCCAUUUCGUCGACCUAUGCACCGGCACCGCCGGAUAACUCGAAAUUCUUGCUCUUCCCGAGCUCUUCGGAACGUCCGGUAUCUCCAACGACGUACUCGGCGGAUAAAUCCAAGUUCUUGAUUUUCCCCGGAUCGACGCCAUUGCCCGGUUCGUCGGUUUACCCGAAACGUAGACCGACGCCGCCGGCCGGAUAUUACCCUUCGUCAACGCCACCCACCGUUCUGGCCCACGAAGCCGAAAACGACGCCACCGUUGCCAUAACCCCUUCUACUUAUGUUCCUGUAUCCAAAUACUAUUAUCCGAAUAAAAGCUUGUACAAAGCUCCCCUGUAUACAUCCGCAGUCAAAUCUAGGCCAGAAUAUAAUCAAAAUUCCAUCAUCAGUCCGAGUCCGUCCUACUUUGGCGAUAAAGUGCAGUAUAGCAGAAAGUCGUUCGAUAACGAGACGCCCUACGAUGGCGUUUCUGUCACACGGAACGGUUUCAAGUAUUUUUUGCCCAGGCAAUACCACGAAGAAAAUAGCUCCGGACAAGAACGCACUGGAAGCUUCGGAUACAUCGAUCCGUUCGGUAUCCGUCGCGUUGUUUAUUACAACGCUUCCCCGGACACCGGUUUCGUGCAUAGGAAGAAUAACAGAUAUGUGGGAUUCAACGCAACUCCCUACGAUCCUAGACCAUAAAUCGCUGUGAUAUUUUGUUUCUUUUAAAUAAUGCCUCUAUACAUAAUAUUAUAUACGUAAAUACCGAUUAUUAGUGCCUUUUUUGUUCGGUCCGUGUUCCCGUCCCGUUCCGUCCCGCACGUACGUUGUGAAAUGCAUAACUUACUCAUAAAUGUAGGUAUUGUAUUCGAGCGAAUCAUGUUUGUAAAUAACGUGUACAUUUUCUUUUUUACAAAAUUAACGUCUCGAAUAACUUAAUUUAUUGACAUCUAAAUUAGAUCUCAGUAACAUAUCGUAAUUAUCUGUACCUAUUAAUGGUCUAUCAUUCUAUUGCCUAUUUCGUGUUUUUGAUGUGUCAGUAAACGAUGAGUGUAGAACUGUAGAAUGUGAAUGGAUCGUGUAUGAUUAGGUAAUAUGUACUGUAUAGGUAUGAAUGAACACAGUUUGACUCGGUUAAUCAAAAAUUCUGUCUUUUUUUAAAAUUCCUAUUCCAUGUGUCUAUUAUUUUUCUUCUUUGUAAUAGGUAGGUAGUGCUUGAAAAUGUACGAAAAUUCAUUAUACCUUAGUACAAUAGAUUCAGAAUGAAUGAAAUGUUGUAGGAGUACAAAUAUGAGCUUUUUUCAUUGUAAGCAACUAGUUUUGUUUUUCACUUACAAACACGAAUGUUUUUUUAUUUUUAUUUUUUUCUUGAUAAAUGUUAAUAACUUACGUUAAGAUGAUAAGUAUUUAUUUAUUUUGAUUAAAUGCGAACAAAAAUCAAAAAUUAAAUGUGCAAAUAAAAAUUUUAAAAAUA